AUGGGGAGCGGCGGCUCGGCGGGGCGCGGGGCGCGGCUGGCGGCGGCCGAGGGCCCGGAGGGCGGCGAGCAGCGGCUGGAGGUGCGGGGCGGGCGGGUGCCGGCGGCCCUGUGGGCCCAACGAGGGCUACGGAAACUCUACCUGAGCGGCACGGGGUUACGGGAACUACCGACCGAGCUGGCGGCCCUCCGGCACCUCCGCACCUUAGCCCUGGAUGGCAACGAGCUGCUGGAGGUGCCCGAGGCUCUGUGCCGCCUGCCCCGCCUGGCGCACCUCUACCUGGGCCGCAAUGGGCUGCGGGGGCUGCCGCCCGCCUUCGCCCGCCUGCAGAGCCUGCGCUGCCUCUGGCUGGAGGGCAACUUCCUCGCCCGCUUCCCCCGCGCCCUCCUCCGCCUGCCCGACCUCCGCAGCCUUCAGCUGGGCGACAACCGCCUGGCCCGCCUGCCCGCCGGGCUAGCCGGCAUGGCCGGCCUGCGAGGGCUCUGGCUUUACGGGAACCGCUUCGAGGAGUUUCCCCCCGCCCUGCUGCGUAUGGCCCACCUCCGCGUCCUCGACCUGGACCGCAACCGCAUCGCCCGCUUUCCCGACCUGGCCUGCCUCUCUGCCCUGCGCCUCCUCUCCUACGACCACAACCCCGUCCGGCAGCCGCCCCGCGUAGGGGACGCCGUUCGGCUGGUGGGCGAUGGGGCGCAGGAAUUCAUGGAGGCACGGCGGGAGCGCCUGCAGAGCCUCCGGCGCCAGGAGGAAGAGGAGGAGGAGGAAGGCACUGAGGCCCCACCGGUGGCCGCUGGGGACGGCUCCCCGCUGCUGGAGGAUGGGGAGGGCAGCUUUGCAGCCCUGCCAGGCUCCCCAGGGGAAACGUGA